AUGGCAGGCCCAUGCCCGCACGCCUUUGUGGAGAAGCGCGCGCUCGUCACCGUCGUCUUCACCGUCACGGGCUCCGCCGCGGGCGUCUCCACCGUCCUCAACACCCGCACCAGCACCGUCGUCUUCACCACCACCUCCAACACCGUCGUCACCUCCGUCCUCACGUCCACCCAGUUCAACAACGCCCAGGCGACAAUCACCGUCGAGUCCACCUUGACCGUCACCUCCACCUCCAUCGACACCGCGGCGCCCACCACGGUCGACAGCGGUCCCACCACCGGCCAGAUCAGCACAGCCACCCAGACCAGCGGCGCGCAGAGCACGAGCAGCAGCGACUCGGGCGGCCUGUCUACCGGCGCAAAGGCCGGCAUCGGUGUGGGCGUCGGCAUUGUCGGCCUCGCGGCCCUCCUUGGAAUCGGAUGGUGGGCCUACAAGCGCCACAAGGCGAACCGUCCCAGCCGCUCCGACCUCGACGAUAUGCGCGCCUACGACCCCAACGGCCCCUCGCCCCUGCACGAGCCGGCGGGCAUGUCGGAGUCUGGCGGUGGGUUCGCGGCUGCGGGAGCGGGCACCACGAGGCGACAGCCUGUGCCGAAGCACCAGCUCUCGCCGCCGUCGCAGAGCGUCAGCCCGCUCUCGAAUCAGACGGCGUCGCCCACCAACGGCUUUGGCGCGGGGUACGGCAGGCCGCCGACGGGCGGCGCACAGGAGCUCGGCGGAACGAGGAUCAUGCCCGCGGAGAUGGGCGGCGACGAGGUCGUUGAGAUGGGCGAGUCGCAGCCGAGGCCGCAGCAGCCGUUACAGCACAGGCCGGCGCCGGGGAGGCCGUAUAACUCUGGCCCGGUCCCGGAUGUGUACGAGAUGCCCUCCGAGAAUUAUCGGUAA